AUGAACUGUAACGUUUUACUGGAUGAUCAGGGAAAUCCUGCUAAAACAAUUAAAGAUAAACUUCAUACUUGGCAAAAUUAUAUAACAACACUAUUCCAUGACGUUAGCCCUGCUCCAGAAUCAAGUUCAUGUGGAAGUGAGUUAACUGGACCACCAAUUAAUAAAAGUGAAAUUGCUUAUGCCAUUAUUAACAUGUCCAAGUCAGGAAAAUCUGUAGGCGGUGAUGAAUUACCCGUGGAACUGUUGAAAGUGAUUGAGUAUGCUAACUUAGGAAUAAUAGUAAAGUUAUUCAACACUAUAUAUGAUUCGGGCGUCAUACCAUCGGAUUGGCUUAAU